AUGCCUGUUACUACUCGUGCAGUAACAUUAAGAUCCCAAGCUAAUGCAGAUUUAAUUCAUUCACAAGAUCAAGCAACACCAACUUCAACAUCAACUGGCAAAACAACUCGUAAAUAUCCAUCAAAGCAGAAACGUAAACAAGCUCAAGGACAACAGAUUAUAUCUUCUGUUGAAUCUCAAAUAUGUUCUCCACUUCAACCACAGUCAACAACUUUAGAUGCUGUACUUACAUCCGAAGAUAUUCACGAACAACCUCAUGAAGAUGUAACAUUAAAAAAGGACGAUGCAACAGUUGAACCAACAUCUUCAACGCCAAUAACGAGUUCAGUUUUUCCAACAACAUCAUCACCAACAAAGAAUGAUGAUAAUGAUUCUAUCAUAUCAUUAGAAUCAUCAAACAACGAUGAAAAUGAAAUAUUUGUAGGAGAUUCAAAUCAUCUUAUGAAUGAACCAGUUAUCAAAGGAGAAGUAACAACGGUUACAUCAACACGAGGUGGGAAAAUGAUUUUCAUGAACGACUUUGCAUAUCUUUAUAUGAGUAUGGCAAAAGAAACAACGGGUUGGCGGUGUGUUCGAAGAAAUGAGAAUUGCAAAGCCGUUAUUCAUAUCUCGAAACAAACAGGACAAUUUAGUCACUGGAACGGCAUAUUCCAUUGUCAUCCAUCUGAUGCAUGUGAAACACGAAAGUGUGAUAUAUUAAACAAAAUUAAACAUCGUGUUCUUGAUCAAUAUAUAUCAAUCAAAAUCAUAAUUGAAGAAGAAUAUAGGAAAGCAAAUCUAUCAGUCGAAGAAAAACGAAUGAUGCCUCUUCCGGCUCAGAUAGAAUCUGGUCUACAUAAAUUAAGAAGAAAAUCAUUACCACCAAUACCAUAG